AUGAAUUCAAGCGUAAAUAAUUUCAGUAAAUUGUUAGAAUUAAAACAAGAAGCUGAACAGAAACAAUUACAUUUAUCACAAAUACUUGAAACAGAACAACGAGCUAAAUGGCAUUAUGUUAAACAAAUUGAAGAAUUAACCGCUGAAAUAAAACAAUUAAAGUAUGAAUUCAAUGAAUAUCGCAUUGAUCGUCGAUUUAAUUUAGAAUUGGAAAAUGAAUCAGAAGAGUUAAGAAAAAUUAAAAAGGUAUUAUGUUAA